UGAAUUCAUAUUGACAAAGUCAAAUGAACAAUAGACAACAUAUUAAUACUACAAUCAUUAUUUUUCCUGUAUUUAUGUACUUUUGUUGAAAUAGAAAAAUAUUGAUAUACGAUAUGAAGGUUAAGCAUGCUGAUCACAUCUUCCCUAUGAAUAUCACAUAACACUGAGCUCCAAAUCCUAUGAGGAAAUAUAAAAAAAAGCACAAAAAACAGCUUUUAUAUAUGAAAGAAAACCGGAAGUGUUGUCAUGGAGAAAUCAAGAAAGUACCGUAGCAUUAUGUGAAGUAAUGUGUUUUUUUAAUAUUUCCUCAUUAUUUUCUUUAAUACUUCGUCAUUGCCAUUGCGAAAAUAAGUUCAAAGCUUUUCUAGUCGAUGGUACGCUUUCUUCUAUUGUUUAUUCCAUGUCAUCGGCAUCGAUGGAUGCUAUUACAAUUUACAUUUUAUUUUUGUAAACUAAAAUGGGUUGAAAAUUAAAUCCAAACAAGACAGUGGUUGUGAGAAAGCGAAUAACACACUUGGUUAUUUAAUUUAAAAUGUGAUAAUGGCUACUUUCAAGACGUUAUUAGUCAUAAUAUUCUGGCUACGAAGCACAAUAGUAAAUGGUUACGAGUUUGUAUCGCAAUAUCCUAAUCAACAGAAUGAAACUUACCACUUUAACCAUUUAGCUGUCGAUAGAGUAAGCGGUCAAGUGUAUGCUGGAUCAUUAAAUUGGCUUCAUCAAUUAAGUCCAGAUUUGAAACCAAUUCAUGUGGUACGGACGGGCCCAAAACUCGACAACCCUAUGUGUCAUGCAAGUGGAUGUACAUCUUCAGAUAUAAAAACUACUUACAUCGACAAUGUAAAUAAAAUUUUAGUAAUAGACCAGGAGUCGAGAAUAGUGAUUACAUGCGGAUCCGUCGCUCAAGGCUCUUGUUUCAAAUAUAAGUUGGGUGAUUUAUCUUCAGAACCAGAGUUUGUUCCUGUAAGUGUCGCUGCCAAUGACGCUGACGCCUCUACGUACGCAUUUAUUGGACCAGAAAGAUAUAACUCUUGGGAUCGUUCCAAUGUGCUAUAUGUGGGUACCACAUUUACUAACAAUGGUGAAUAUCGCCAUGAUGUUCCUGCCAUAUCCAGUCGUGACCUCAUGACUCUAGAACUCGCUCAGUUCACUUUCUCAAAACAAAGUUUGAUACAAAUAGAUGUUAAGUAUCGUGACAAUUUCUUAGUGCAAUAUGUUUAUGGAUUUAAUGCCAGUGAUUAUGCAUACUUCUUGAUUAUACAAAAACAUUCUCAUCUUGCUGGCAAUGAAGAGCUUGGCUAUGUGUCACGUCUAGCACGCACUUGUGUCAAUGAUGACAAUUACAAUAGCUAUACAGAAGUAACAUUAGAGUGUCAUGUUCGUGAAGAAACUGUUAAUGGUAAGAGUGAAGUGGUCAAUUAUAACUUAGUUCAAGAUGCGAAAAUUGCUAGGGCUGGUGCAAAUCUUGCAAGUCAGUUAGGAAUUGAAACUGGUGAUUCAAUUUUGGUAGCCUUGUUUAGUCCAUCAAAAGGUAUUACCAACGAACCUAUGGCAAAAUCAGCAAUAUGCGUAUUUUCAUUACAAGAAAUUGAGAUUAAGUUUAAUGAAAAUGUACACAUGUGUUUCAAUGGCAGUACUAAAGCUCGUAACAUGGGUUAUAUAUCAGGCAUGAUAUCUGAUGGUAAAUGUCCUAGUGUGGGCACAACAGGAAAUAUUCUCAAUUUCUGUGAGGUAGGCCUUAAAAUAAGUGGACUAUAUCCAAUCACAACUCUUUCUGUAAUCCAUUGGAAUGACACAUUGAUUACUUCUGUUACUAUGUCUGUAACCGGAUUACAUACUGUUGCUUUUCUUGGUACUAUCAAUGGAGUAUUGAAAAAAGUUUUGAUUGAUGCUGAUAAGGCUCUAGAAUAUUCAAGUGAAGAACUAUUACCUGGGCAAAGAAUACUUCCAGAUACAACUUUAUCACCAUAUCAAAAAACUUUGUAUGUGUUGGGUAAAAAUUCAAUUGUUCAAAUACCAACUGAAAGAUGUGCAGAGCAUGGCAACUGCUCAUCCUGUUUGGAGUCAAAUGAUCCACAUUGUGGCUGGUGUUCUUUAGAGAAGCGUUGCACUGUUCAAAAUAUGUGCCAGAAAGGUACUCAGAGUGCUCCUAGAUGGUUGUCUCAAUAUACUGGCCAGCAGUGCAUUGAUUUUGAGCAAAUUUUGCCUGAUAGAAUAUCAAUGACCGAAAUUACUACCGUUCAACUUAUUAUUAGAACUUUACCUGAGCUUCCAUUUGGAGCUAAAUAUAAGUGUGUUUUUGGAAAUACUCCACCUAUUGAUGCUGCUGUUACAUCAAGUGGUCUAGCAUGUCCUACUCCGGAUGUUAAACAUAGGCCAAAAAUUUCACAAAAUUUGGAUCACGUUUAUGUGCCACUUUCUGUACAUUCCUCUGAAACUAACAAAGAUUUUGUAUCAAGAAACUUUGCCUUUUAUGAUUGCACAAAGCAUACAACUUGUCAUUCUUGUAUAAUGAGCGAAUGGGCAUGCAACUGGUGUAUUUAUGACAACAAGUGUACACAUGACACUUCAGUAUGUCAAAGAACCAUCAUCAGCGGAGAAAAUAAUCCAACAAAGUUGUUAAAUCAUGGUAUUGGACACUGUCCAAGAAUAAGACAGUAUAAAAAACCAAUUUUACUCCCUAAUAAUGUACCCAAAGAAUUGGAAUUAGAAGUUGAAAACUUGCCCCAUUUACAAGCUGGACAUACUGGAUUCCAAUGCAUUGUUAGUAUUGAACUAGCUAACAUGAUAUUACCAGCUAGAGUUGAAUCAAAUCACUACAUUGUGUGUGACAAAACAACUUAUUCUUAUGAGGAAGAUGUUGGAGAGUACAAUGUGAGUGUUAAAGUUGUAUGGAACCAUAAACAUUAUAUAGACACAAUAACAAUUACUUUGUAUAAAUGUGAGAUUCUGGGUUCUCAUAGAGACCAUGCUGAUUGUUCUCUUUGUAUAACUAGAAAUUCUAUUUACCAAUGUACAUGGUGUGGCAAUUCUUGUUCAUAUAGUGAGUCUUGUUUAGAAAUUCCUGUGACAGAAUGUCCGAAGCCUAGAAUUGACAUGAUUAAACCAUUAAGUGGUCCUAUAGAAGGGGGGACUAUAGUUACAAUAGAAGGUAGUAAUCUUGGCUUGAGAGUAGAAGAAGUAACAGGAAAAGUUCGUAUUGGCGAAGUACUAUGUGACAUUGUUGAUUUUGAAGUAUCAGUAAGCAUAACAUGUCAAACAGGAUCUUCAAAUGGAUCAGUUGUAGCACCUGUAAUUGUAGAAAAUGAUGCAGGUUACACAGAAUCAUCUGUAUUAUUCAGUUAUAAAAACAUUAAAUUACAGGGUGUUUAUCCUUCUGUUGGACCUGUGUCGGGUGGAACCCAAUUAGCUAUAGGAGGACAGCAUUUGAAUAUAGGAUCUACUGUAUUUGCAUAUCUAGAUGAAUUGCCUUGCUCUGUAAAUAAGACACAAACAUCAAAUAGCAGAUUAAUAUGCAUUACACCAAGAGCUAGUGCCCCACGGUUGAUUCACACCUUAACUGUAUCCAUUGACAAUGCAAAUCGAACACUGUAUGGAGAUUUAUUUAAUUACACUGCUGACCCAACUAUAAUGGAGAUCAAACCACUAAAGAGUUUUGUGUCUGGUGGUAGAAUGAUUACAGUACAUGGUACAAAUCUGCAUACUAUACAAAAACCAUUGAUGAAAUUGUACUAUGCAAAUGAAGUAAUACCUGUAAACUUUACUGAAUGUACUGUUUUGAAUUCAAAUCAAAUGGAGUGUCCUAGUCCUGCAAUAAAUAAAAAAUAUCAUGAAAUUUUACAAGCAACUAAAUCUCAAACUAGCACACCACAAAUAGCAAUGAAAGUUGGAUUUGUAAUGGAUAAUGUUGAAACAAUGCAUGACCUAGAAAAAUAUUUUAACCCUCCAAGGACGCAUAUGGUUUUUGUAGAAGAUCCAAAUGUUUAUCAUUUUCCUAAUAGAAUUAAAUCAUAUAAGGGUGGUGAUCCAUUAGUAAUAGAAGGCGAAAAUUUGAUGAGAGCUAGUGAUGAAUCUGAUGUUGUGGUAACUAUUGGCAUUCAAACAUGUAAUGUUACAAGUCUUACUAUGCAACAAUUACUUUGUACACCACCUCAAGUGCAACCGUCUAACACAGAUGAGAAUGGAGUACAAAUAUCAGACAUAAAUUUACCUUUAGUGGUUGUAAAAGUUGGAAAAAAUUUAAGAUUUCCUAUUGGGUAUAUACAUUAUGAACUAAUGAGGAAUUACAAUUUCCCACCAGAAGCUAUUGCUGGCAUAGCUGCUGGUACAUUUUUUCUGGUUUUAAUAUUCAUGAUUGUUUUAGUUAUGUACAGACGACGAAGUACAAAAGCAGAAAGGGAGUACAAAAGAAUACAGAUACAAAUGGAUACACUCGAAAGUAAUGUUCGAUUAGAAUGUAAAUUAGCAUUUGCAGAGUUGCAAACUGAUAUGUCAGAUUUGGCAGCAGAUUUGGAACAUUCAGGCAUUCCAACUCUGGAUCAUGUUAACUAUGUAAUGAAAGUGUUUUUCCCAGGAGUAUCAGAUCAUCCUAUACUUAAUGUACAACGGCAGUUUAUUAAUGCUCCUAGGACUAAUUAUGAUGCAGCUAUGAUUCAGUUCGAACAACUUUUAAAUAAUAAAUGUUUCCUGCUGUCAUUUAUAGACACAUUAGAAGCACAAAAAUCGUUCAAUAUUAGAGAUAAAGUGAAUGUGGCUUCACUUCUGAUGAUAAUUUUAAUGGGAAAGAUGGAAUAUGCUACUGAUAUACUGAAGUCUCUAUUGCUACGUUUGAUUGAUAAAUCAGUUUGUAACAAACAUCCUCAACUGAUGUUGAGAAGAACAGAAAGUGUUGUGGAAAAGAUGUUAACAAACUGGAUGGCUCUGUGCAUGUACUACUAUUUGAAGGAUUAUGCAGGAUCGUCAUUGUUUUUGCUUUUUAAAGCCAUCAAGCAUCAAAUUGAAAAAGGUGUAGUUGACGCCAUAACACACGAAGCUCGUUACUCUUUAUCGGAAGAAAAACUUUUAAAGGAACAAAUAAAUUAUCAAAUCAUUACAUUGCACAUAGUACAGGAUGAUUUUGAUGAUAAAGUUCAGUGUAAAGUUUUGGACUGUGAUAGCAUAUCCCAAGUAAAAUCUAAAAUUUUAGAUGCUCUAUUUAAAAACACGCCAUUUUCAUUACGACCAUCCGUCCAUGAAGUUGAUCUAGAAUGGCGUCACGGCAGAGGUGGACAUGUCACACUUCAAGAUGAAGACCUCACAACAAAAACAUUGAAUGGCUGGCGGAAACUUAAUACUUUGGCUCAUUAUGGAGUCAAAGAAUCCGCUGUCAUGUCGUUAAUAUCACGUCAAAACGACAGUUUCAAUACUGCUUACAAAAUACCUUGUAAGAAUUGUACUGGAAUAUACUGCUCUAACUCCCACAUUAGAGUGUAUAAUAGUGACAUCACAGAUCAAAAUGUGCAUUAUUAUCAUUUAGUAAAACCCAUUGAAUAUCAACACAUUGUCAACAAAUCAUCAGAACACAGUCACAAAGCUAUACCAGAAAUAUUCCUAACAAGACUCCUCUCAACUAAAGGAACCGUGCACAAAUUUGUGGAUGAUUUUUUUAGUACUAUACUUACAGUUAACGAAGUGCUACCCCCCGCGGUAAAGUGGUUGUUUGACUUGUUUGAUGAUGCUGCAAGAGCACAUGGUAUCAUGAAUCCAGAAGUGGUUCAUGCUUGGAAGUCAAAUAGUUUACCUUUAAGAUUUUGGGUUAAUCUCAUAAAAAAUCCCGAUUUCAUAUUUGACAUCAACAAAACAUCAACUGUAGAUUCUUCACUGUCAGUUAUAGCUCAAACAUUCAUGGAUGCAUGCUCUCUAACAGAACACCGGCUUUGUAAAGACUCUCCCUCCAAUAAAUUAUUAUUUGCAAAAGAUUUACCCACCUACAGAGAUAUGGUUAUACAGUUUUACCAAGCAGUCUCUCAAUUACCUCAAGUUACAGAUCAAGAGUUAAGUACUUCUAUGCAACAACUCUCUGUGGAACAGUUAAAUGAGUUUGAUACUCUGUCUGCCUUAAAAGAGUUGUACAUAUAUGUCAGUAAGUAUAGAGAACAAAUUAUAUUAGGACUAGAAAACAAAAUGCACUUAGCUCAUAAAUUAGAUAAUAUAGCAUGCACUAUGGAAGGCGAUCCUACAUCUAUAUGCUGACUAUAUGAUACUGUAAGUUAUGACUUAAUUGCAUUUACGUAAUUUAUUUAAAUGAUACCUAUUUUGUAAUGAAGCUUUAAUUUAUUAUGAAAAUACUCAUAUUUAAAAAAGGUGUGUAAAAAGACUGUACAUUAUCAGUUCCAUAAAUGUAGUUAGGGAGUUCAAAAGCUUAUUUUUUUCUGUAAAAAAUGUGACACUUAUAAGCCCUUUUGCAUGGAUACUAACCUUUUGCAUAGUCAUCUUUUUCAAUAAAAAAUUAUUUUUUAUUUUUAGGUGAUAGACGCGAUUUUAACAAAUAAAUUUGGUUAAUCCAUUUUCCCGAUGAUAGACUUAUGCUAGCACAUAUGUACUUUACAUACAAUACAUGUUAGGAUUAAGAUUCGUCCAUAAAAAGCCAAUUUUUGUGUUAGUAUUCGUGUAUUAGAGUUUAUAAGUAUUUAAAUCAAUACCAUCAUAGAAUGUCAUAUUUUUUCGUCAAGCGAAUACUCGCUAAGAUGUAUAAAAAAGAAAAUUUGCGUUUUAUUAUUAUGAACGGAUAAUGGAAAGUGUCUGCUUUUGUAUGCAUUUACUCUCCCAGUGGCCAUACUUUAGUGUCCAUGUUAAUUUUAUUAUUACAUAAUAUAGUAAUGUAAUGUAUUAUUGCUCUCUUGAUAAGAAUGAUUUUCUGAUAAUUAUUUGUAUAGAUCUUACAUUGAAAUUAUUUUAUAUUGUAAAUUAUCGAUUGUAUCUAUUUAAAUACUUAACUAUUGAUGUUUAUUAUGAUAAGUAAGAUGUAUGUGUAAAGAAAACUUAUAUUAAGGAAAAUGUUGUGAUAUUUGUAUUUGGAAUAUUGAUCUGUUUGCAUACCUACUAUGUUUAUUAUGAUUUUAUUUUCUAUUUAUUAAUUGAAACAAGUCCAUAUUAUAUAUAAUCUCCAAUUUAAUUCCUACCUGGUUAUAAGUAUACAAUUAUAGGUCUGCAUCAUUUUCUUUCGAUGUGA